CAUUACCCAAAUGAAAACCUAAAGGUGACCAUGCAACAUUUGAAAAGCAAGAAGAUCUUCAAUUUUGUAGCAAACAUGUGGCUGUCUCGGAUCCAAGCAGAAGGGGACAUUGUCUGUGAGCUUCCUGUAGUAAAAGAAGGACAAGCUAUUUUUCCAUUGGUGAGAUACCAGAUUGAUGUGUACACUGGGCAACUGAAGCAAGCAGAGACAGAAUCUGAGGUUUUCCUUUGUCUCUAUGGGGAAAGAGGAGACUCUGGCCUUAGACAACUGUACAAAUCUAACAUGCCAGUAAAAUUUCAAAGAGGACAGAUUGAUAAAUUUCAAAUAGAAGCAGUGUCGCUUGGAAAGCUGCAGAAGGUGCUGUUGCGCUGUGAGGCCAGUGACAAAUCACAGUACUGGUACUGUGAAAAGGUCAUCGUCAGAGAACCCAAUACCUUAUGUGAGUCCAUCUUCACCUGUGAAAGAUGGCUUCCUUUCAUGUCUCAAGGAAUAAUUCAUUCAGAAAUUGAACUUUAUCUUCAAGGUGAGAAUUAGUGAAACCAUCAGUAGAG